GAAUCAUGAACGCAUCUCUUGAGUGUUACAUAUACAACAGCGCUAUUUUUGGACAAUUUAUCAUCUACAAAUGUAAGACCAUUACCAGGUUGAGUUUUUGUACAAAAAGUAAUCUGAAGUGUAAAUGGUGUCAGAACAAUAGCCAGUCACACUGCAUUGAUAGUGAGAAAAGCUGCAACACUAGUGGUGUUGAAGUAAAGGCGGGUGAAUGUCCCCGAGUCACAAACUAUACAAUGAUCUCAGAUGACAGCAGUAUGCGAGACUCUAACGGUAUCGUGCACAUUUCUCGAGAUAGAGACUAUGAAAUUAUUAUCGCUGGCAUAAAUUUAAAAGGAGCAGGGUCAGUGACUUACAAAUGCAAGAUCAUAUCUGACACGCAAACUUUGUGGUUUAACAAUACACAAUUCAAAGAAGGUGGCAGCAUCGCCUGUAAAUUUUUUAAGGAUGAUAUGUUUACAAUAUCAAGACAUGUAGAUAGACUCAAAGCAGCCUUACAGGUAGUAUGGGGCGAUUCUCUUUUAGGUGAUACACUACCAAUUAUCAUUUAUGCCUGUGAAAAUCUUGUUCAGCCCUCCCGUAACUGUGAGCAGUGCAAAGGUCUGCAAAAGCCAUAUUUACAUUGCAACUGGAAUGGGACUAGGUGCAUUGACAGCACAAAAACCUUAGAAACAACAGAAUGCGAAGACCCAGAAAUAACUAAGGUAUACCUACUAAAUGUAUAUCCGAAUGACACUACGACGGUACUAACAGAAGGCGUUAAUCUUGAUUCAGCAUACAUCGGUGCAGAAGGUGUUAGUGUAGCUGGCGAACCAUGUAUUCCAAUAAAAGCGUUAUCCGAGCCAGGACUAAAGAUAUGGUGUGAACUUCCGCCGAGAUCUAGUGUUAUAAAUGGUAACGUGGUCAUCACUUUGGAAAACGGCUCAACAGAGUGGACAUCUGAUCCUGUCCCUUUACUGAUUCCAAAGGUUACCUCUAUAAAGCCGACUUCUGGACCGAUGUAUGGGGGAACAUCUGUAUUGCUAUAUGGCAAACAUUUGGAUAUUGGAAGAAACGUCACUGUUACAAUAGGAGAAAACACAUGCAUUCUCACAAAGAAAGUGGCACCAAACAAACUUAUUUGCAAAACUGCGGGUCUGAAAUCGUACACAACAGCUGACGUUACAUUAGAAGUAGUGGUAAAGAUUAAUGGUGCGAAAGUUCUUGGAAACUUGAAGUAUACAUAUUCGGAAGCUCCGUUCAUCAAAAUGAUUCACCCGAAGACAAGUUUUGCAAG